AUGGACCAAAACAAAUGUCCUCUCCUCCGCCUCUCACAGGAGCUCAUCCUCCAGAUCUUAGAGUAUGGCCAUCCAUCGACAUAUCUUGACUUGGCACUUACUUGCACUACCCUACACCACCAGUGCCGGAUUCUCUUAGAUCUACACCGUGAAGCUCACGCGAAAUACAAAAUCACGUCAGACCUGUUGCCAGAAACUGUGGUUAAUCUACUCAAGGAUACUGCCAAGGCAAGAAUCGAGAGGUGGCAUGUUCGCGAACUGGAAAUCUGGGGUAGCCGAUACGUUUGGGAGGAUUGGCGACCAUGGGUUCCAAAACUUCCUGGGACUUGCGACCUUGCUGACGGUUCCCCUACAAGGUACGGGCUGGAUUUGCAAGACAUAGAGAGAUACAUCGAAACUUCAAUGGACUUAUGGACCUAUCCAAGAUUCGACAAUGAGGCAAUUGAGUAUCGUCUAAAGGAUGGCUACGACGGGUUCCUCAAACUCAUCCUCAUUGCAACAUGUCCUCGUCUUCACAGUCUGCGAUUCGUCAAAAAUGAUAUCGAUCGCCACACGACUCUCAAGUGGAUGAGAAAGGUCAUCAAAGAAUGCCGUCGUGCACGGAAUGGACCACUCGAGCUGCGCGGUUUUGAAUCCCUGCGACAUAUCGCAGUUGGUAUUGAGACAGAUCAAUGUUUGUUGAAUGACAAAAGUCUCCACCGCGAUGCCCGCGACUUUGCAGCCCUUUUCUACAUACCAAACCUUGAAAGCCUCUACUUCAACGAUUUGCACUACAUUGCAGAUGGCGACGAACCUUACUUGCACUGCGAUGUGGUUGACCAGUAUCACUUUCCACGCGGCACUUCGAGCGUCAAGCAUCUGUUCAUAGAUGGCGCUUCAGGCUUCUCUGCCGACUAUUACCAAGCCAUAGCAAAUGCGUCGAAGAAUUUAGACUCUGUCGUUCUGAGGAUUGCGAGUGAACGCCGGCAAGAUCUUCACGACGUGGACACGUUCGUAGACUCGCUGUCUUUCAGUAAUGGGAAGACACUACAAAAACUCAUCCUUUACAACCCGGGCGGUAUGCACAGCGAUCAAAACAGCAACUAUCGCCUCGAUGACCUUGAAGACUUUGAAAACUUGAAGCUGUUUACGUUGGCAGUGUCCGAUAUGAUGCUUGAAGAGCUUUACCGGAUGCAUAGUUCUCCCAAUGCAGAGCAACUUGCGGAAUACGUCUCUGACUCUUUCCCUGUUAGUACUGAAGCUCUUUAUAUUUGGGGGCGAUCGGACGAUCAUGCGGAUGGUUCAACAUCUGACGAUAUCCCAUCAGAUAUCCUCGACUCAACACUUGCGGCACUCAUCGGAUCGAGUGUCCUAGAGAACCUCAAGGUUAUUUACCUCGCGGACGUCGAAAAACGACAAGCGCAGAAUGAUAAAGAUUCCCCUCCUAGGAGAUCCAUCGACGCAGGCCUAAAGGAGCUGAUUCUGCCAAAGUCUGUCGCUGCAGGACUCAAAACUGGUGUGCAUGUGUGCACGGUGAUGAAUAGAGAUGAUGGUGGUUAUUGGAAGAACUUUCCUGCCAGGCCGGACAGGUUUGACCUGAAGACUGGUCCUUGGUAUGGCGAAAGGCCCAAAUCGUGGAGGUUGAAUUUGCAGUCUGGGGAAUGGGGGCCGGACUGUGAAGGUUGCGGAGAGUGUACGGACUGCUUGGCCUUGUAUCCUGCUGAGUUGUGGAAGAGUGACCGUUCAUGA